AAUUUGUUGAAUUUAAGGCGGAAGUUGUUAGCCGUUUGUACAUACACAUGUAUUACAAAUUGGACAAAAUAGACUGAAUACUUGGAAUCGAAAUAAAUACGGAAGGUAAUUAUUCUUCACUGAAAAUCACUGACAAUGUCGUUGCUGCAAGAGCCUUUAAGGCCGACGAGUUCUCAAAGUCAGGACUACUUAGUUUCUGCGGCUAUAGAUUUUGGUACGGCAUAUUCCGGUUGGGCCUUUUCCACAAGACACGAUCACAAUAAGGAACCGCUCAAGGUAACAGCAAACACAUGGGUAUCCGGGAAUCUAAUGUCAUUGAAGACACCCACAUGUGUACUCUUUGACCAGAACAAGAAAUUCCAUUCGUUUGGUUUCGAUGCUGAAGAAGAAUAUUCUGGCCUAGCACUUGACAACAGACAUGGCGAUUACUUCUUCUUUCGAAGAUUCAAGAUGAAACUCUUUGAUAAAUUGCAUCUGAAAAGAAAGUUUAUGUUGGAAGAUGAAAUGGGAAGAAAAAUGCCGGCAAUGGAUGUAUUCUCAAAUUCUAUAAAGUAUCUGAAGGAUCAUCUCACGCAGAAAUUAUUACAACAACUACCAGACACGUUGUUGGACAGUGAAAUCCGCUGGGUGCUUACUGUUCCUGCUAUUUGGAAUGAUACCUCGAAACAGUUUAUGAGAGAAGCUGCAGUUAAGGCCGGCAUUUUGGAUGAACACUUAUUGAUUGCUCUAGAACCGGAAGCAGCAAGCUUGUGUUGUCGACAUUUGCCGAUGAAAACGAUUGGUGCUGGUUCUUGCAAUUUUGAAACUUUUGCGCCUGGUUCGAAAUAUGUGGUAUUUGAUGCUGGUGGUGGUACUGUUGAUAUUACAGUUCACGAGGUCCAGCCGAGUGGGUCCCUAAAGGAACUUUACAAAGCGAAUGGAGGAAAUUGGGGUGGGACAUUUAUCGACAAAGCUUUCAGAAAUCUCCUGGCUGAUAUAGUAGGCAACGAUGUUAUGGACAACUUCCAGGCAACUCAGAUGAUGGAUUAUAUUGAUCUAUUUCGAGAGUUUGAAGGCAAGAAGAGAAACUUUAAGAAUGAGAUGACAGGGAAAAUAACAUUCAAAGUUCCCCUUGCACUGGCUGAAGAAUUCAAACAAAAGAAGGGAAAGGAAAUCAAAGAUCACAUAAAAAACAAUCCCAUGUAUGAAAAUAGUAUCUACAUGUUUGGAGAAAGGUUACGAAUUGAAGCACACGUGGCAAAGGGUUUAUAUGCAGACGCAUGCAAUAGUGUUGCCGAGCAUUUAAAGACCCUUUUUACGGAAGAUCAAGUCAAAGAUGUUCCUACAAUUCUAAUGGUUGGUGGGUUUUCAGAGUCACCUAUGCUACAAGAUGUCAUAAAGAGAACGAUGCCAGACAAGACAAUCAUAAUACCAGCAGAUCCGGGCCUUGCAGUUCUCAAAGGGGCUGUUAUUUUCGGCCAUGAUCCAUCUGUCAUACAGGAACGACGCUGUCGAUACACAUACGGAGUCAGAUCUUCUCAUCGAUUUAAUGAACGUAUCCAUCCAGAGUCGAAGAAAUUUGUUGACGAUGACGGUGAUAUUCUCUGUUCUGACAUAUUUGAUAGGCAUGUCCAAAUUGGGCAGCGUGUUGAAUACGGGGAGAGUCAGGUUACACAAUCGUAUGUACCAACUUCAAAAAGCGCAAAGGCAAUGGUAUUUCAAGUUUAUGCUUCUGAUGAGGCAGAACCGAAGUUUGUCACGGAUCCAUGUUGCACACAUCUAGGUAAUCUUACUUUUGAGCUAGGCGGUUCAGGAACGGAUAGGUCGGUGAGUGUGCAAAUGACGUUCAGCGGAACAGAGCUUAAAGUAGAAGCAGAGGAGAAGAGUACUGGUAAGAAGACAAAUGCAAAGUUUGAUUUUCUUGGCUAAUUCAAAGAAAGAGAAAAAGAGAACAAUAAUUAUGAUUAUUUUUGAUAUAAAACGUGAUAUAUAUUAUAUAUUUAACUGUUUGUAUAUAAAGCGAACUGACACUUUUUUGUAUAUUACUUAUUGGAUUGUGAAUGACCUUUAUUUUACUAAUUUAGUACUGUCUAUUUUAUGUUUGUGUGAGUUUUUUUUACAUUAGAUAUGGUAUGAUUCCUGGUAACUUACUCACACAAUUAGAAAAGCUUACACAUAAAAUGCAUAUAUUUAGUAAAACUCGGGAUAUAAUAAUUACAGCAUAAUUAUAUUUAAUAAUAAUAGAUAUGUUUGUAAAUAUAUUCAUAAAUAUGUAUCAUAUGUAUUCUGUGAUUCUAGAAAAUGACUAUUUAUAAGCAUUUACCGUAAAAGCAAUUUAGUAUAUUUCUUAGUAUUAAUGAUGCAAUCAAUCAGUUUUCUCUGUUAACUUUUCAUUCCUUUUUGUAAGAUAAUUUAUUAUAUAAUAUGUGUGUUUAUUAUUUUAACUUUUAGAAAUUAUAUUGUUUGGUGAA